GCUGCAAAUAAAGCAGAUGUGUUUGUGAAUUUCAGUAGUGUCUCGACUUUCUUUUACCAAAGUUGAUGAUACAGCAUUUAACCUGAGGUGUUUUCUUUAUUUUGCAUUCUGUUCCUCUUCAUCCUUUAUUUUAAGUACUCGCAUAUGGGAAUGAAAUGGAGAAAUUAAGGAAAUAUAUGUCAGCAAGAGAUGAGGAUCAGUUUUAUCAUCAGGGAGCUGUGGAAUUGCUGGUCUUUAACUUCUUGCUCAUCCUUACAAUAUUAACAAUUUGGUUAUUUAAAAAUCAUCGAUUCCGCUUUUUGCAUGAAACUGGAGGAGCCAUGGUUUAUGGUCUCCUAAUGGGAUUAAUUAUACGAUAUGCAACAACACCAACAGACUUUGAAAGUGGAACUGUCUAUCCUUGUGAGAAGCUGAAGUUUGGCCCACCCACUCUACUUGUUAAUAUAACAAAUCAAGUAUAUGAAUAUCAGUACAAAAGGGAAAUCAGCCAACACAACGUUAAUGCUCACCAAGGCAAUGCAAUGCUUCAAAAGAUGACAUUUGAUCCUUCGAUCUUCUUCAAUGUUUUACUGCCACCCAUUAUAUUUCAUGCUGGAUAUAGUUUAAAGAAGAGACAUUUUUUUCGUAAUUUAGGAUCAAUUUUAACAUAUGCCUUUUUGGGAACUGCCAUCUCUUGCAUUGUUAUAGGGUUGAUAAUGUAUGGCUUUGUGAAGGCCAUGCUACAUGUUGGCCAGUUAAAAGGAGAGGAUUUUCACUUCACAGACUGUUUAUUUUUUGGCUCGUUGAUGUCUGCUACAGACCCAGUGACAGUUCUGGCUAUUUUCCAUGAGCUGCAUGUGGAUACAGAUCUGUAUACCCUUCUUUUUGGAGAGAGUGUCCUAAAUGAUGCAGUGGCUAUAGUUCUCACAUAUUCGAUUUCUGUUUACAGUCCCAAGGAGAAUCCUAACACAUUUGAUGCUGCUGCUCUCUUCCAGUCUGUGGGAAAUUUCCUGGGGAUCUUUGCUGGAUCGUUUGCAAUGGGGUCUUCAUAUGCUGUUGUCACAGCUUUAUUGACAAAAUUUACAAAGCUGUGUGAGUUCCCCAUGCUGGAAACAGGCCUGUUCUUCCUCCUGUCUUGGAGUGCCUUCCUGUCAGCGGAAGCUGCUGGUCUUACAGGAAUUGUUGCAGUCCUUUUUUGUGGAGUCACACAGGCCCAUUAUACCUACAACAAUCUGUCACCAGAUUCCAAAAUGAGAACUAAACAGUUGUUCGAGUUCAUGAAUUUCUUGGCUGAGAAUGUCAUCUUCUGUUACAUGGGGCUUGCACUAUUCACAUUCCAAAAUCAUAUAUUUAAUGCUCUCUUUAUAUUUGGGGCAUUUGUGGCAAUUUUCAUAGCAAGAGCAUGUAACAUAUAUCCACUUUCUUUCAUUCUGAAUUUGGGUCGAAAACAAAAGAUUCCCUGGAACUUUCAACACAUGAUGAUGUUUUCAGGUUUACGUGGUGCAAUAGCGUUUGCACUGGCUAUUCGGGACACAGAAUCUCAACCCAAACAAAUGAUGUUUACCACAACACUACUUAUUGUGUUUUUCACGGUCUGGGUUUUUGGUGGGGGCACCACGCCGAUGCUCACAUGGCUUCAGAUCAGAGUUGGCAUAGAUCCAGAUGAAGAUGUGAAAGCAGAAACUGCAAGCCAGAGAGCAACUACUGCGGAUAAGAACACAACCAAGGCUGAGAGUGCGUGGCUGUUCAGAAUAUGGUAUGGGUUUGAUCAUAAAUAUCUGAAACCCAUUUUAACCCACGCUGGUCCACCGCUUACAACAACAUUACCUGAAUGGUGUAAUCCCAUUGCCAGACUGCUAACCAGCCCUAGAGCAUAUGGCGAGCAGCUGAAGGACGAUGACAUGGACUGUAUCGUGAAUAAUGAUGAACUGACUAUAAAUUAUGAAGACCCCAAUCCUGUUCCAGUGCUGGCACAGGCCAGAAUAGUCUCACCCCAGACUCCAGGCAAGGAAAACUUUAAUGAAGGAGACCUUGGAUUAGGAGGAUGUGAACUCCAGCUUGAGCAUACUCCAGCACAAACCCAGUUGAAUUCAUUGGCAUGAGCAGUGCAAAUGUAAUCACAAGAAAUGCACGGAACAUGAAGGAAUACAAGCCAAACAUAUGAGGCAGUGUUGGUAAGAAGCUAGAAAAUGUAUUAAACGCAUAAAUUGAAGAGAAUCAAAACCUUGUCAAAUGUAUCUUCUGGUGCCUGAAGAAAUGAGGAUUUAUCAUCAUCAUCGUCAUCCAUAUAUGCUAUACAGCUACAUUUAAUGGUUUGACAGUGGCAAUUUUUAUUAAUGAAAUUGAAGGCACUGUCUGCUACAGGCAUAUUACAGAUGCACUCACAGCGUCGAUUGUACUUCGCGCGCACAUAAACACACAGACUUCUGAAUGUUGUUCUCUUUGUUAAUUAAUUCAGGUGAGGAGGAGAGAUAUUUGAUUAACACGAUCAUGCUCAGAUGAUCAUAGAACUUUGUAAUAAGUUGCUCCUGGGCAGACAUAUCACCCAUGGGACAAGUGGAAAUUUCUUUUGUACAAAUGCAAACUUUGGGCAGCUACUUUCUCUUUACAAAUGUGUAAGACUCCCACUUAAUGCUUAUAGCAUUUGGCAUUUUCUAGACAGUCAGUCCAAUGGAUGCUUCAGCAAAAAUAAGUUUCACCCCCGAGCUGCAGAGGGUUAAUUCAGAACACAAAAACUGGGCAUUGCUAUAUUAGUUGUUCAAGCUAAAUAAAUCAAUAAGGGAACUUUUUAUUAUUAUUUUGAUUGAUCAUGAUCACUAUGGCAUACAGCAAUUACACUUAUCCCACAAUGCAUUUGUUGCUAGAGCUUGGCAAUAGGUUUUUAUACACAGCUUGUGUGAUAGGAACAAUUUGUUUUUGUGUAAAAACAUUCCCAGUUUGUAUUUUGAUUUUAGCUUCUUUGGGGGCUGGGUUUUAUUUUGUUUGGUGGUGGUGGUGGUGGUGUGUGUGUGUGUGUGCUUUAACACACACACACACAGACACACAAAAGUCCUGCAAAAGAGUUUACUUUUUAAGAUAAGAUUUUUCAAAGCGACGUGUGCAUAAUCACACAUUUAUAUUUGGCACUUAGAUAUUACAGUGAUAAGUAAGAUAGUAAAACCUAGAUAGACAAAUGAGAGAAAGAUUUAGGUAUUGAAAUACCAGCUGUGUCUGCAUAAAUUCAGCAUAUGAAUUCACACAUGGUCAGUCACGCACCUAAAGGAUCAUGAUGUACCCGUAUCAGGCAUUUGCACAUAUAAAUUGGGUAUUGCGAAUGCAUGCGCACAGGGGCAUGUCUCUAACAUUUAAAGUCUGUCUUUGUAUCUUCUCAGCACAGGAGUUUCAGCUCAGAUGCAGCAUAAGUUGCUUAUCACAUUGCUUCAAAGUGUUCAUACCAUGAAAGUUAAACCACAAGAGAACCACGAGUUUUGAACAAAAUCAUUCUUAACCAAGACAUUUCUAAGCCAUGGGGAAGGGGGUGUGUGGAAUCAAGUCAUCCCAAUGAAACGAUGAAUGAUCAUAAAGCUGAAUGGGUUUUGAUUCCAUCACAGAUGGAAACUGAAACACAAACUUAAAUAUAAUCCAGUUUUAGUCAUUCUUUUCCAGGCUAAUUAAUUGCUGGUUGGAUUUAAAACUAGACCAGCUGCUCUAAGCAUAAAUUUAACACAGGAGUCCUAUGCGCAUUCUGAAACAUCAGAAGCUUAAAUUGGCCUUUUUCCCCCCUAAAACAUUAAUCAAGUGGCUUCAAAGGAUGUUAGUCCCCAUGUGGGGUGGGGACUAUUCUAUAUUAGGUCGUCCCGAGGAAAAGUGGUGGGUUUGCAACUCCCUGUCUUGCCAAAUCUAGCUGAGGGAGGGCGGGGGAAGCUGCGUACCCUGGAUGCAUGAAGGAAAAGAGAAGGAAGAAGAAAUGAGGAACAUGGUGUUAUGCCCUGAGUGGGCCAAAGGAGGAUGGAGUUGUGCACUGUGGGGCACAAGGUGGGCAGGAUUGACAGCACAAGGAGAGACGAGCACCUAGAGGCACAUAGAGGAGAGCUGAACAUUUAGUGACAUAUAGUGGGUUAUUAGACAUAUGAUAGUGGGUACUGUAGCUCAGUCAUGAGUUCAGUAGCUAGGGCUACUGCCUUCAACCUUUAUAAGUACUGUGUAAGCGGCCCCAUGCGCCUUGUAUUCCUUGGAAAAGAACAAUUCCAGAUAGGCUUGGAGAUGAUUAGAUGUAUGGUGGAAAUAACUAAAUCCUUGCAAUAUUAAUAGGAAGGUGUUAAGCUUUUUUCCUCCUCCCCAAGAGCUGGAAGUGACUCAAACUCUCUUUGCCAAAUGUUCUGUGCUCAAAUACAUCCCCCCAAUGGAGCAUCCUCUGCGUUUCUUCCCCAUUAUAUUUAUUGUGGCUGUGUCCAUGUUUCAUUAAAUGGGAUACAUUAAGAGCCCUAGGCUGAUGUCCUCUGCUUAACCAUAGACUAGUACAGUAGGGAAAGAUCUUGCACACCGGCAUGCCAAGAUUCCUUAAGGCUUACUUUGGAAGGAUAACUGCUUUUUAGGGUGAAAAGUAGUUCAACCUUCAUGGCCAUUCAGCCCUUGCUCUUCGUGCUGAGAUUGUCAACAAAGGAGCAUCAAUGUUUUGUGGGGUGGACACCUAUCCACUGGGACUGAAUUAGAUUCUUUUAGCUUUACAGAGCUGGGCUACCAGAAAUCUCUAGUAGUGGUAAAAGGGUCAAUAGCCUAUUGCUGUCCACUGCAUUAUUAAAUCCUUCUUGUUUCCUAAUUUUAAAGUAUGCUUUGUACCGGUGGAAUACUGACACAUAGCAUGAUGAUAUGUGCUGUAUUCAGCCAUAAGGGAUACUGGGAACUAGUGUCUAGUAAUUCUACAUGAAAAUUUAAACAGUGAUGUGAGAGAGGCCUCUAUGUUAUAAUUCAAUUCGUACUCCGAACAUUUAAACUACUUAAUUUAAUGCAGUGCUUGACUGAACAUGUGAUUCACUAUCAUGAUAAAUAUGGAGCUAUUCUUCCUAUUUGAUUUAAUCUAAUAAAACAUUGCUUGGAAAAUGACACAUCAAAUACCUAGUCACAAUGUAGUGACUGCAUACUCAAUACUAAGGUCAAUAUGCUAGAGAAGAUGUGGUCUGGAAUUCUGCUAUGUUACUAAACCCUUAUUUUAUUUCCUGUAGCAAUAACUGGGAUUCCAUAUUAAACUGCAACGCAUGUUUAGAUAGGUUUUAGAAGUAUCAUGAAUGGAUCUUGGAUGUGAAGGAGAGCCCAGUUCAAAAAGAAACUGCACUAAAGGUUAUCAGGUUCCUGUGAUAACAUUCACUGAGAAGUGCAACAUCUGGUAACCUAGGGCAAGCGGUUAUGAGCAAACAUUCAUAUUGUUCUGCGUAACAAACUUAGACUUUUCUGUAAUAGCUACUUCAGGCCUUAGUCCAGCAAAGCACUUAACAGAGUGCGUAAAUGUAAGCCAACUGGAGCCAAUAGGCUACUCACACCCUGAGUAUAUGCUGUGUUAGACUGAUGCCUUCGUGCAUUUCUUUUCUUUUUGAAAGUUAAUGGACAGCAGCUGUCACUGAGUCUCUAGCGUAACACAGUCCUGAUUUGUAUACACAUCAGGGGUGCACAAGCAUCACAGCGUGCACACGCACAGGUUAGGUGCACACACGUGCACUUUUGAAAUGCUACGCCUAUGUUCUCACAAAUCCCGAAAAUGCCCGGGAGAGAAAAAUUAAUUUGCCACUUGAGAACUGAACAUUAGUAGAAACUAACAUUCUGCAUCACCGAAAAGUGCUGCUUCUAAAUAGAAAGACUUUUUUCCUCCAUUUCCUAUUAGCAAAAUGAAAAACAGCCUCUUCAACGUCUUACAAUGAACCACUUCAGUGAGUUUUAAAUAACUAAAAUAACACAAGCUCAUCUCUACCAGUAUAAUCCCAACAGACAUGAAUCCCAGCUAGUCAGCUGUGAAGGGCUUGUCAACAUUUUUAUUUUAUAAAUAAUUCUUUCAGAACCAGAGAAUCCUCUGUUUGGAAACAGGAAUCAACCAGUGAGUUGAGUUAACCCCUUGUUUUGGUCCUAAAAGUGAACCUUUCCAAUCAAUGAAAUCCCCUCAGGAAGUUAGCUCACAUUGAGUUGAUCUAGAGCUUUUGUUAGCUUCCUUGGCAGUUUUUGCCCUUCAAGGAGAUUAGCUGAAAUACCUGAAUACGUUUUGUUUGAAAUCUUUUUCUUCUAAUGUUGUCCCUUUUUGGUAUAUUUAAAUCAAUUUACAACAGAAACCUGAUCAAAUACAUGAGUGCCAGUUUAUGUACAAAAUGAAAGCAAACUAAGUCUGCCAAGAUAAUACUGGGUUUUUUCUGCUUCAUUCCUCCCUUUCAAGGGAUUAAGAGAUAGGAGAGCCUGGUUCGAUAAUGAAUGUCAGAAGAGCAAAUAGUCCCUCAACAGUCAGGCGAAGCAGAUCCAGCCAACAGGCUCAAACUAGUCCAUCAGAUUAAAUGUGAUAGAAAAACAGAGUCUUCAUGAAAGUAAGGCGAAGCAAUGCAAAAGCGAUGUGGAACCAGUCAGUGGUCCAGGUUGUUGCUUCCAAUAUGAAAAGAAUCAACACCAGCAUGUUUCUAUGAGGAAACCUUUGCCCCAUGGCGAAGACCACCAGUACCCACACACACACUUUGGCUCUGGCCCUUGGUGGCCUUCCUGCCACCAAGGCCUCAUUGAAGCUGCAUUGCUGGAACCUUCCCCCAGCAGCCAUGGCAGCACCAGACCCUCUUUGAAGAUCCACAAAUAAAUUGAUACAGUCUAGGGCUGUAUUAAUUAUUCCAACUAAUUUCCCGGGGAUUCGGGAGAAGGUAAUGAGCAUCCCAACCCAGUUCUUAACCCCUGAACCACUGUGACUCCAUCUUCUCCCGUCAGUGUGGAUUCUGGAUGCUGACAGCCCUACACAUGUUCCAUGGAGUGGAAACAAUGCUGUUUACAAAUCAAGUCUUCUUGCCAAUAAAGGCAAUCCUUAGUAUCAUCAGAGCGGUGGCAAUAUUCACUCACCUAGCCAGCAAGUGAAGAAAGCAGGUCUUAGGUACAGAUGAGACCAUCAUCAUUUCAGGCCCUAGAUGGCUCCAAACCUGGGCAAGAUAGAUUAGUUUCACCCUCCUUGUGGACCUUAUGAGUUUUAAAAUUCUGAUGCUAGAAACCCUAGGGAAUAAAUGAAUGUAUAUUGGAGCCACUGUUCUACAUCGUUCUUAUUGUUUAACUGUCUGUUUCUAUGUAUGUUACUAUGAAGGCUGAUGGACAUAAAUAAAAUACUACUGUGUUUUAUUGAA